AUGGCUCAAGAUGUCAACAACCCUACCAUUCUUGUAUCCAUGUCUGAGAAGCAGCUUUCCCGCGUCGAGGACUCCCUAUCGCACUAUUUUGGGUCGGGCCAGCGCCCGGCGGUCCCAAAGCUCAAUAACCUUACCGCCCGAAGGCUCUUCUCAGACAAAACUUAUCUGACAGUCAGCUCUGGAUCAGGCGGUCAUGGCUGCAUCUCAUUCCUACGGGAGAAAUAUUUGGCUCACGGACCCGCAAAUGGGGGCGAUGGAGGCAGUGGCGGAAGUAUCUACAUACAGGCAGUCAAAGGAGAGACAAGUCUCCACAAAUUAGCUCGGCGCCGAAUAAUCAGAGCUGGCAGGGGCAAAAGCGGACAGGGUAAGGGCAAGGGUGGUCAACGUGGUGACGAUGUCCUACUGGAAGUACCUGUAGGUACAGUCGUAAGGGAAGUAGAGCGGUACGACCCAACCGCAGCUCAAGAGGGUGAGCGCAAGUCACGCGAUGCGGACGAUGAAGCUGUACGGGGAAGUUGGAGAAGAGAUAAAUGGCUACUUCACCCAGCUCUAAAACCAGCAGACUACGCAAAGACCGAGUUCCCUUCGCUACCAAGAACUAGAAGAGCCACUUCGAUCCGCCCACAACCCGUGGCACCAAUAUCACUUGACCUCUCACAGCCGAUGGACAAGCCUACUCUUCUGGCUGCUGGAGCCGUAGGUGGCCUUGGAAACCCGCACUUCGUGUCAGACUCAAGUCCCAGACCCCUCUUUGCAACAAAGGGUGAAGCAGGAAUGACCGUCACUCUGGAGUUGGAGCUCAAAUUGCUAGCAGAUUUCGGAUUUGUAGGGAUGCCUAACGCUGGCAAAAGCACGUUGCUACGUGCUUUGAGCCGCAGUCGUGCAAGAGUGGGUGACUGGGAGUUUACCACCCUCCAGCCGAAUAUAGGGACGUUGAUCCUAGAUACGGGAAAGGGCAGACCCCACCUCCAAUUCAACAAGGCAAACGGGGAUCUCAGGACACAAGUGUCAAUUGCUGAUAUCCCAGGUCUCAUUGAAGGAGCACACUUAGACAAAGGUCUUGGUCUCGACUUUUUACGUCAUGUAGAACGUGCCAAAGUUCUAGCCUUUGUGAUUGAUCUGAGUUCAGUAGACGCGGUUGAUACACUCAAAUGUCUCUGGCGAGAGAUGGGAGAAUUUGAGAAGCUACGAAGCAUGCAAUUCAAUGAAGAAACAGAAUCAAAACAUCAGCUCAACGAUCGCCCGAACUUGUCAAGGUCUGUUCAAGAAAGUGAUAGUCUGGCCCCCAGAAUUUUCCAGCCUUUGAAACUUGCAGCUCUGCCCAUGACUCCUAUGUCGGCCAAGCCGUGGUUUGUUGUAGCGACUAAGGCAGAUAUUAAUGGCACACAGGAGAACUUCGCCCAUUUGCAGGCCUACAUUGAGGCGCUCUCUGCCGGAACUGUUGAACACCCUUGUGGUAUGCAGAAUCCAUGGAGUGGCAAACUAGCGGUCAUUCCAGUCAAUGCAUUGCAAGGCGAAGGCAUCGAUCGUAUUGCAGAAUGGGCUGUCAGUUUGCUUGACGAUUAA